CGCUUUCAGUCUAUUGGCUGCUGUACUUCCUUGUUUACCGUCUUGUCCACGGCCAACAGAGCUGCGGAAAUAAUCAUUAUUGCAGUUAAUGGCGCGAUAAGCACAUGCGAUAGCAGCGAUAUAAUACACACAGCUGUCAAUCAAGGCGACAUAUUUGAAGCUGUCGUGUAGUGUGCUCGCUCUCCGCGCGGCUUUAGAGGAUUAAAGAGCGAUGAUGGCGUCCAGCUAUAACGCGAAGGAUGAGGACGGUCAUCAUCCGGGAUCGGUGGGCUCCGGCGGCCCGGGCGCCGUCAAGAGCAAGAAGCCCGAUAACACGGCCUUUAAACAGCAACGUCUGCCCGCCUGGCAGCCCAUUCUGACCGCGGGCACCGUCCUGCCCGCCUUCUUUAUGAUCGGACUCAUCUUCAUCCCCAUCGGCAUCGGACUCCUCGUCACCUCUAACAACAUCAAAGAGUUUGAGAUCGACUACACUGGUGUUGACAUGUUCAGUCCGUGUUUCAACUGCUCGCAGAACUACAGCUGGAACAGCUCUAGUGCGUGUACCUGCUCUGUGCCCUUCACCCUAGACCAGCCUUUCGAGAGUAAUGUUUUUAUGUACUAUGGGCUCUCCAACUUCUAUCAAAACCAUAGACGUUAUGUCAAAUCAAGAGAUGACAGUCAGCUGAAUGGAGAUAAAAGCUCUUUACUGAACCCAAGUAAAGAGUGUGAACCCUAUCGAACGAGUGAUAAGAAGUCCAUUGCUCCCUGUGGUGCCAUUGCUAACAGUCUCUUCAAUGAUACUUUGGAGCUGUUUUAUAUCCAUCCAAACGGAAGCAGGAUAGCUAUUCAUCUGAUGAAGACGGGCAUUGCUUGGUGGACUGACAAGCAUGUGAAGUUCAGAAACCCAGGAGGAAACCACAACAACCUCUCCAUUGUGUUCCAAGAAACAAGUAAACCGGUAAACUGGCACAAACCCGUUUACGAGCUGGACCCGUCUGAUCCAGAGAACAACGGGUUCAUCAAUGAGGAUUUCAUCGUGUGGAUGAGAACCGCUGCUCUCCCCACCUUCAGAAAACUCUACCGCAUCAUUCAGAAGAAGAAGGUCAACAUGACCCCGACACUACCGCCAGGAAACUACAGCCUGGAAGUGACCUACAAUUACCCAGUGCGCAGCUUUGAUGGCCGCAAGCGCAUGAUCCUCAGCACGAUUUCCUGGAUGGGAGGGAAGAACCCUUUCCUGGGCAUUGCCUACAUCACAGUGGGCUCCGUGUGUUUCUUCCUGGGAGUGGUGCUACUGAUCAUCCACCAUAAAUAUGGCAACCGCAACAACAAUGCUGACAUUCCUAAUUAACUGCAUAAUUAUCAGCACACCGCAGUCUGUACACUGACUCGAGAUUAAAGUCUGGUCUAUCUGUCAUAUAUCUCAUGCUGCUGUACACACACAGGUGCCCAGAGGGACUACUUGCACACUUAUUGUGUAUGCACUGGAAGUUUUCAAUGAGCUGUUUCAAGCGUUUAUUUCAUCCACACCAAAGCUUUAUAUUUUAUGAUCUUUCUACAUGAAGUAUUUUAGAGUAACUGGUUCAUG